CAGUUAUUUUGUAGGUUAUGUUGACAAACACCUUGAAUUAAUGCAUUGGUUCAUUAUUUUAUAUAUAUAUUAAUAUUUAAAACUGUAAUAAAAUAAUAAUAAUCGAAAGCAGAGCGAACAAAUAUACCGAGAGGAAGAGGCUGAAUUAAUAGAAAUAUCAAAAUGGAUGCUGAUUUGUAUGAUGAAUUUGGAAACUAUAUUGGUCCUGAUCUGGCAUCAGAGAGCGAGGAUGAAAAUGAAUAUGGCAAUGUUGGUGAUGACGCCGACGACAGAGAACGGUCCGAUGAGGAAAUGGAGGAAGACAAGGAUGAGUCACGUGAACAAGUGGAGCAAGGAUCUUCUAUGGCAGUUGUAUUACACGAAGAUAAACGAUAUUAUCCAAGUGCAUUAGAGGUGUACGGUCCUGAGGUAGAAACACUUGUGCAAGAAGAAGAUGCUCAGCCACUAGAUAAACCACUGAUAGCACCUACUAGAAAACCAAAGUUUCAAAUAAAGCAGCAACAGUUGCCUGAAACGACAUAUAGUAUUGAAUUCUUAGCAGAUAUAAUGGAUGCUCCGCAUCUAAUUAGAAAUAUAGUUUUGCUAGGACAUCUUCAUCAUGGCAAAACUACCUUGGUUGAUUGUUUGGUGCAACAAACGCAUCCUUAUAUACACAGUAUAACCGACGAGAAACCAUUGAGGUAUACGGAUACAUUGUUCACCGAGCAACAGAGAGGUGUUUCUACGAAAGCAACUCCCGUUACUCUUCUGCUACAAGAUGUCAAAUCCAAGUCCUAUCUCUUGAACGUAUUUGAUACACCAGGCCACGUGAAUUUUUCCGACGAGGCGACAGCUGCGAUCCGUUUGUCAGACGGCGCUGUACUGAUCGUCGAUGCGGCGGAAGGUGUGAUGCUAAACACCGAACGUCUACUGAAGCACGCGCUUCAAGAGAAGCUCGCUCUGACAGUCUGCAUAAACAAGAUAGAUCGUUUGGUAUUAGAGUUGAAACUGCCGCCAUUGGAUGCCUAUUACAAACUGCGUCACAUUAUCGAGGAGAUCAACGGAUUGAUAGCAUUAUACUCUUCGGAUGUCGAGAAUCCCGCUUUCGUUUCGCCUGCUGUCGGAAACGUGUGCUUUGCCAGUUCCGAAUACAGUGUAUGCUUCACUCUGAAAUCGUUCGCCGCGCUCUAUGCCAGGAAUUAUCCCGGACUCAACCCCAACGAGUUCGCCAAGCGACUCUGGGGUGAUAUUUAUUUUAAUCCUAAAACGCGGAAAUUCACCAAGAAACCUCCGCAUAAUACAGCGCAGCGAAGCUUCAUCGAGUUCAUCUUGGAGCCUCUUUAUAAGAUAUUUGCGCAAGUCGUCGGCGAUGUCGACACGACGUUACCAAAUGUUUUGGACGAACUCGGCAUACGAUUGACAUCCGAAGAAAUGAAGAUGAAUAUACGACCGCUGCUAAGACUUGUCUGUACGCGCUUCUUAGGAGAUAUGUGCGGAUUAGUCGAUAUGUGUGUCGCUCACGUACCUAGUCCGCAAGCGCACGCACCUAAUAAAGUACAACAUGUCUAUACUGGUCCGAUUGACUCGCCGCUCGCGCAGGAUAUGGUUAAUUGUGAUCCAGAUGGAAGAUUAAUGAUUCACAGCACAAAGAUGUAUCCAACCGAGGAUUGCACCCUGUUUGUAGUGCUUGGCAGAGUAAUGUCCGGCACACUGGAAGCGGGACAACGCGUUCGAGUAUUAGGCGAAGCAUAUUCACGCACGGAUGAGGAGGAUUCACGCGUUCUCACAGUGGGUAGAUUAUGGAUCAGCGAAGCGCGUUACUCGAUCGAACUGACUCGGGUGCCCGCAGGCAAUUGGGUUCUCAUCGAAGGUAUCGAUCGGCCGAUUGUGAAAACUAGUACCAUUACGGAUCUCAAUAGUUCAGAAGACUUGCACAUCUUUCGGCCACUCAAAUUCAACACGCAGAGUGUCAUCAAGAUCGCUGUCGAGCCGGUCAAUCCGUCCGAAUUGCCCAAGAUGUUAGAUGGUUUACGAAAAGUAAACAAGAGCUAUCCGCUGUUGGGCACGCGCGUGGAGGAAAGCGGCGAGCACGUUGUCCUGGGAACUGGCGAACUCUACCUCGACUGCGCGAUGCACGAUCUCCGUCGCAUGUAUUCUGAGAUUGAUAUAAAAGUGGCCGAUCCGGUGGUCGCUUUCGCGGAAACAGUAGUGGAAACCAGUUCCCUCAAAUGUUUCGCUGAAACGCCGAAUAAACGGAAUAAAUUGACAAUGAUAGCGGAACCACUGGAGAGAGGUCUUGCCGAGGAUAUAGAGGCCGAACAUGUCCGUAUCACGUGGAACAAAAAGAGACUAGGAGAAUUUUUUCAAACAAAAUACGAUUGGGAUUUAUUGGCAGCGCGUAGCAUAUGGGCAUUUGGUCCUGACUCUACUGGGCCUAAUAUCCUAGUGGACGAUACUUUACCUUCCGAAGUAGAUAAAACACUAUUAAACAGUGCACGCGAUGCUAUCAUUCAGGGCUUUCAGUGGGGAACUCGCGAAGGACCAUUGUGCGAAGAGCCGAUCCGAAAUGUCAAAUUCAAGAUCCUUGAUGCUGUCAUCGCACAGGAGCCACUGCAUCGAGGAGGUGGUCAAAUCAUUCCUACCGCUCGACGCGUCGCAUAUUCCGCUUUUCUGAUGGCGACACCGCGUUUAAUGGAACCUUACCUGUUCGUCGAAGUGCAAGCUCCCGCGGACUGCGUGUCCGCUGUUUACACAGUCCUGGCCAAGCGGCGAGGUCACGUAACGCAAGACGCCCCGGUGCCGGGUAGUCCGUUGUACACGAUCAAAGCCUUCAUACCAGCCAUCGACAGUUUUGGUUUUGAGACGGAUUUACGGACGCAUACCCAAGGUCAAGCGUUUUGCCUUUCCGUCUUUCACCAUUGGCAAAUCGUUCCCGGUGAUCCUCUGGACAAAAGCAUAACUAUCAGACCGCUGGAGCCGCAACCGGCUACCCAUCUGGCUAGAGAGUUCAUGCUGAAGACGCGAAGACGCAAGGGUCUGUCCGAAGAUGUUUCCAUCAACAAGUUCUUCGACGAUCCUAUGUUGCUGGAGUUGGCUCGGCAGGAUGUACUGUUGAAUUAUCCCCUUUAAUUUAAUAAAUAUAUACCACACGAAUUGUGAUGUAAUAUAUUGCCAAGCAUUAAAUUUUCAUAUAAAGAGAAACAUGCAUCCUGUACGAUUUCUUAAACUGCGCAUGAUUAAUUCUGUAUUCUUCUUUCUAUCGAGAUAUUUCUCUAACGAAUCUAAAAGACUUAUUGCAGAUAUAAUUCUUCAAGGAUAACCCUAGAGUGAAAGAUACUCGUCAAUUGUUUUCAGAAAUCAAAACUUUAGAAACUCGUUCUUAAAGAUUUUAUUAGAUUAUAUUUUAAUUACGAUUGUAAUAGAAUUGACAUGUAAUAUCCCGAUAUGUAAUAUGUCUAUAUUAUUUUAUCCAUCGAUGAAAUAGAUGAAUACUUUCCAUGUAAUAAUAAUAAGUGUAUAUAAAAUAGGAAAUAAAUCUUUUUCUAUUGUACAACACAUAGGUCCUGAAAAAUAAAUAAAUUUGGUAAUAACGAAAUAUAAUUAUAUAAUUAGAUAUAGUGAUCGUACAUAUAUACUAUUGAUAUAUUUAUUUUAUCUUUUUUGGUCUUAUUCCGAUGAUUUAUAUUCGAUGAUUUAUAUGAUAUUUUUUCCGGAAAAUAAAUCAACCUGCAGUUUCA